CUUAUUAAGACAUGAAGUGGACACACUUUAUUUUUGAGGUUUAAUAGUUUGACACUUAGGGUCAGUACUGAGUUAUUUUUAUAAGGGAGUACAUUGCACAAAAAAUUUAUGUAGACUUCAAAAAUGCAAUAAUUCAACACAUUUUAGAAUUCUGUAUUUGUAAAUGUUACAGAAAUGUUAAACAGAAAUAACAUAAAAAUAAUUUUGUUCAUUAGAGAAAUCAUAUAUACAGAGAGAGAUCCAUACUGAUUGUUCAAUGCUUUUCGAUGAGACUGAAUACGAUACAACUGUAAUGCUGUUUGAGAUUUUUACACGUGUGUGUGUGUGUUUUGUAAGUUAGAAUACACAACACACAACAAAAAAGCACCUAAAUAUAUUUUUAAAAAAUACUUCUAAAUGUUAUGUAUUGAAAGCAGGUCUGAUUUAAAAGAGGUAUUGACAGAAAUAUGAAAUAGCACAAGAAAUAUGGACCUGAGAUACAAAAAGAAGGAAACAUUUUUUAAAAUUAGAUGUCUUUUCUAAACAAAAUCUAAAAUACAGACGAAAAUAAAAUUAAAAUAACAAAUGGUUAAAGAUUCUUAAGAUUGAGUUCCCAGAAAUACAUAAACAUGUAGAUCUCAUCCUGCACAAUGAACAAUUAAGAAAAAAAAAUAACACUGAGUGCAAUCAUACAACCACAUCAUCAUUUAAAAUCGUUAUGUAUGCAGAUUCAGAUAUAUUAUAAUAAACUAUAUUAUAAUCAGCCAGCUGCACAAACAGGAGCCAUAGGGUGGCUCUAUGGGCCCCUGAUCUACCUGAGUAUUCUUUAAUUUGUAUUACAUUGCAUACAUUUGUAUAGAUUGCUGAUCAUAAACAAAUAAGUCCACCCUAAAAAUUUUAAUAUCUCAGUAAAAAUUAGUAUAGAUCAUAAACAAACCAUUACACCCUAUACAUUUGAAUAUUGCAGUAAAAAAAUGUCUAGAAUAAGGUCUACUUCUGAUUUUGGCCCCUCAAAAAGACAGCAAGUACCAUAGCCACUAAAGUGCACUGCAGUGGUCAUGGUGGAAAAAGUCACUGGGCGCUGGCCGACAGUCAUUUGUCAGAUGGUUUACGAAUGAUUUUGAGACUUGUAUUGAACUUUUGUUUUUUCAUACCAACUCAGAACAUAAUGCCCAUGGGUGCCCAAUGCACGUUAAAUGUUAAGCCAUUUGUAAACGAUGUGAGACAUUACCAUCAGGCAGCACCAAGGAGGUUAAGGUGCUUUUAGUGUCCUGGCCCAAUCCUUUGGCUAAACGGCCAUCAGCUCUCUCAGCCAAAACACUGCCAUUCAGGUUGGUUGAUCUUGACAUUGAUAAAGCAAAAGUAUUAAUACCAUACUAUCAUUGUGACUAAGGAAGAGUGACUGCUUAUUUUAAACUAUUCUUGAACAAAUUGCAACACCCAGGACCUUUAACGUGUAUACCUUUUCUGAAAUAUAUUGCUGCUACAGCAGAUAAAUUAGGGUUAGUGCUUCCUGAGUACUAAAUAGCUGGUAGACCUUGCAGAACUUAAAACAGAAAAAUAUAAAACUAUGGAUGCACUGCCCUCUUCAUUAAAGCAAAGUGCAACUCUUUAUCUUGUUAUUGCAUGUUCUGUCAUUUAUUGAUAAAGGAAAUAGAUGCACACGACUAAUUAUUUGCUAAAUGUAGCAGUAAUAAGUGUCUUAAAAUGCCCUUUAAUUCUGAGUGAACUUUUUCUAACAGUAGCUACUAUUCAAUAUUUCCACUUAAAAGGACAAUGUUUUCAAAAUUAAUUCAAAUUUUCCUUAAGUAAACCCUUUAAAACCACAGAUGGCUAAAAAAUUGCUGUAGAAUAGUAAGAUAUUUGUUGUUAAGAGAGUCAGUCGAAACAUGUUAUAAUGGACUCAAAGUAUCACUUGGUGUUAUGCAAGUAACAUCCAGGGUUCUGUAAAAAUUUUAGAGAGAAGCAGCGGGUAGUCCUUUGCUUUACUUCUAAUGCAUCAGGGCCCCCUAGCCUACUUAACAUGCUUCCAUGCAGUCAGCACAAACUGGGUACCAGUUUGAAGCAGACAGUAUUGGGAUUGCAUUUAAAGUGCUUAAUGUUGCACUUGCAUGAACACUCACUGGUCCAACUUUCCUAUGUCAUUAGGUUAACGUAGAUCAUCUUUCUCCCCUAAGAUUCCGCACGCAGUUUGGGAUAAUAUUACUAAUAUUACUGCAAAACAUUACACAUUCAUAUACAAUUCUAUUGUAUCUUUCCUCUGUAAGUAUUUAUGUGGCUGAAAAAAAAAAUUACUAUACAUUUGAAAAAGUAAUAGAUGGGUAAACCUGGUCUGAAUUUAUAUUUUAAAAGCUUUUGAACGUCUCAGCAAUCCACAAUUUCUUUACUAAAAAUGAUUUAUUGGCUUUUUUUUGCUUUUUUUUUUUUUUAAUUAGCAUAGCGUAUUGAUCAUAUGCUAAAAUUGUACAAGCUUGAAAAUAGUGUACAAAAAAACAAACAAGUCUACAAUUCUAAUGUUUCCUUUUUAAAGGGUGCAUUUCUUUUUAAUAUUAAAACUAACUGAUGUAUCGUGCCUUCCAUAUUACCUUGAUGUCUGGAAAUGUAAUACUUUUCUCCGAACAAGCAUGAACCCUGCUCCAGGUAAUUUAUGUCAAAGAAGCAAGAUCUCUCUUAAAAUAUCAACAAUUUUUCUGAUUGAGACCUCUCCAAAAUAAAGAAAAUACUAUAUACAAGUGUGGAGUACAAAACACUCCAACCCCCUUCCCGUAAAGGAACGACUGUGCAAAUUAACAGAGCAUAAAACAUAAAAUGUGCACUUUUUCUAUGCUACAUUUACUGUUCAAAUUUUAACAUCAUUAAUAGUGACACCAAGUACUAUAGCAUAUUGCUGAUCCAUCCAAAUUACUUUGCCCAAUAUUAAAGAUAAUAACAAAAUAUAUUUUGAGUAGUCAACAUAAAUAAAAACAUACUUAUCAGCCAGCUGGAAUUCUAUAUUCUUACCUAAACAGGUUUUGUUUUAAAUUACAGAAACUAUAAAUAUUAUGAGACAUCCUAUUGCAUACAAAUCACAAUAAAAAUAAACUUAACACAUACUAACACACACACAAAUCGUAGUAGUGCAGUUGGAUUUUGCAACUAUCAAACAGGAAGUUAAUUUUAGUUGACAGAAGAUUUGAUCUAGAACCAAAGAAAACUGAUUUUUUUGUUCAACACUUGGGAGGCAGUUACAAAAAAAUAAAAAAAAAGUAAAUCAAAAAAGGAAAAUUAAUUUUCCUUAAUGCAGCAUAUUAUUUUACACUGUACAAGUAGUAGUAAGUGUACAAAUUAAAUUGGCCACUAAUUUAAUCUCAAAAUCUGUCUCAUAAAUUCAUAGGUUGUAAAAGCCACUGCCUGAGAAGGGAUGCAACGGAUGUAGUUCAGAGACAACCCGCGGUACAAGCCUUUCCUUAUUCCAUGUUCUUUGCAAACAUAUUUUAGAGUCUGAAGCAUUGUCCUGAAAAUAAGUAAGGUGGAAAAAGUAUUAUUGGAUUGAAUUUCUGCAAGGUAAAUAAUAAAAUGUGUUAAUUUACAUGAACACAAUAUACUACCCCAUUUUACAAUAAGUGUGAGUGUAAUUGUAUUUCAUACACUAAAAAAGUUUAUAUUGUUUAUGGUAUUACCAAGGCUCAAAAUGUCAAGUUCUACGCUACUAGCCAAGCCUAAAAGUUACUUGCCACUGCAAACCUAGAGGGUCCACGACAUUCUCAGCAGGGGUGAAUUUCUACUCACCACGUCUGAAUUUUCACUUGCCAAUACGUAGUGGGCAAGUGGAAAUUUUAAGUAAUGGUAUUACUACCAUCUAAAAAGAAUCACUGCAAGCAACUUGAUGAAUGGCACAUAUCAUGACUCAUGAGAACGUUUAACAUCUUCUCUAUUGCAGACUUGGAGUAGCAGAGCCUCCAAGUUUCCACCUUCAGCACUUAAAAUACUUGGAUCUGAGAGUAAUUAGGGCAUGAGGGAUCAGCUACCCUCAUUGUAACAAAGAGACCCAUGUUUGUCUGCUAAGCAGGCAUCAACUCUGUUAUAUAUUAUAAUGCACGCAGUACAAGUAUGUACAAGGGAUCAUGCAACAGCUCCAUGUCUGAUUAAGAAAUGGCAAAUAGCUACAGCAAUGGCAAUGUGCGCUUUGAUGUUCUUUAUCCCCCAGGUUAAAAUAAAUAAAUACCCUAUGACAAAAACGUGAAUUGUGAUGGCUACAAUUCAAACAUUACCAGUGCAGUUCCUAAAAAUUUAUACUUCAUUGUAACCUUUAGAGCCAUGUGAAUGCAAGUAUGCAACAAAAACACAAACAUUUAAUAUGAACAAUUGGUAGGUGCAGUCUGGGGCGCUCAAUCACCCCUACAAAUGUUCAUUCAAAUAAAUGGAAUAUAUAGAUAUCUGUGAUAUUUGAGGAUAUCAGAAGGUUACAUCAUGUUUAAAUAUAUAUGUAAAAUAGGACAUUUAUUGUCAAUUCAUAAAAUGUUUACCUAUUUCCAAAGUUUACUCAAUAUAACCUGUGUUGUACAGCUGUGCACAGACUUCCUUAUAAGCGCUGUAUUACCAGUUGUUAUAGUACCAUAUAAAUGCAGGCAUAUUUAGGAUAGUGUACCUCUUUCAUUUUUUGUAUGUAUAUAUGCAUUGUUGUAAAGUACAGAUUGCUUUAGAGGCUUACCUGCACUUUUCAGAAUCUGGCAAGAUUGCUGCUAACUGCAUACGCCGUCUGGUAACGUCCAAAGGAUAGCUAUAAUAAUUCUAGAAGUAUUAGUAAAAACAAAACAAAAAAACAAACACCAGAUGUUGCCAUUAUCAGCCCAGACAAUAUGAAUGGUCCAUCUAAAGAACAGUGACACUUUAGGAAACAUGAAGUAACAGAAUUAAAUACCACUGUUUAUAACACUUUUUUAAAAAGAGGUAUUAUGGUACUCUUUUCCAAAGCGUUCAACAUGUAUUGCGUGUACACCUGAUGUACUUCUGAUUGGACUUAGGAGUAGGUCAGUAACACUGUACAUUUCAGAAAUGGAACCUUUAAUCAAAAACACCUUUAUAUUAGUGGGUAAUUUACUGGAAAAUAAGUCUACAUAAUUACAUAAAGGUUGAGAAUCACUGAACUCCAACACUACUAUCAGGUGUUUUUGUAAUUAGUUUUUACCCACUACAGACUGACAUUCUUAAAGACAUACCCAACACUCAAUGCAACAGAAUAAAAACUAUCACUACUAAUCAACAUUAGUUACAAAUUUACAAAAUGAGAGAAUAUAGGUGUGUAUAUAUACUACAAAUUAAACUUUUUAAUUUUAUUUUAAACACUAUGGACACCAAAACAAAUUUAGCUUAAUAAAGCAGUUUUUGUGUAUAGAUCAUGCCUCUGGAGUGUCACUGCCCAAUUCUCUGCCAUUAAUGAGCUAAAUCACUUUUGUUACGGUUUAUGCAGCCCUAGCCACACCUCCCCUAGAUGUGACCGACACCGCCUGCAUGAAAAGAAAAUGCUUUAAUUUUCAAUCAGCUGUUAAGUUACUUUAACAGUUUUUAACUCCUGUAAAUCCAGGAGUCUCCUAUACGGUCUAGCAAGUUAUUAACAAGGCAAGAGAUAAGAAACUCUGAAUUAAACAGAAUUUGCAAUAAAGGAAAUGUAAACAUUAGAUGACUCUUUACAGGAAGUGUUUAGGAAGGUUGUGUAAGCCACAUGUAAGGAGGCCAGGGCCACACCUCUUCUAAAUGGCAGAGGAUUGAGCUGUGAGACUGCAUGGGCACAAUUUAUACACCAUACCUGUUUGGUAAGGUAAAGUUGAUUUUGUAGCUAUAGCCCCCAUUUAAGAUGCUAUGUCGUUAAUGGAGGCAAUUUUUUUUCUUUAAAACAAUGAUUUUAACAUGAGGCUAAAUUUACAUAUUUUUCAUAAACACUGCACUCUGUGCUGAGCAAGAUACCUCUCAGCUUUACUAUGAAAAAGUCAGGUUUCCCUAAUGCAUAGUGUGCCACGCUUCACAACAAAAUAGUGCUCUCCUUCCAGCCAUUAAUUUCAGGACACAACCGCAACAAUUUCUAAUUGUCUAGUGAUCGAUUUAAAUUUGUUUUGUUUCAGUUCACCGGCUAGAAAAAAAUGCAAACUCACGAUAUAGUCUGUGCAAUAGCACCAGCAACACCACCACACAACAAGCUUGCGUGUGUCUUCAAAACUAGCACAUCUGGAUUGUCCCGGGACGGUUUUCCCAGCAGCUCGGGUACAUGUUUCAAACCCGUGGUUUUCAAGGUCUCAAAGGUGAAAAAUGAAAAUCCUGUAAUACAAACAGGGCACAAUAUUAGCUGGCUUUGAAAUAUUGUCAGCAAGUUGUGAAUGUUUCCUUUUUUUUAUGCCCACACCUAUAAUGGCACACAUUAGCAUUCCAGCUGUGGAACAGGUUUCCUAUGUCAACUGAUUGGCAAAAGUAGCCCACAACAGCUGGAAUAAAAAAAUAAAAUAAAAUAAAAAGCUAGUCAUCAAUACUCUAAACACUCUCCAGCAUGAUUUUUGUUCCCUUUAUGGACAAAUUUUCCAAAAAAAAAACCAAAUAUAAAUGCAUAGAAUCUAAUUUUACUCUACAAUCUUUCAAUGACAUGCCUUAUGUGUCAAAAUAGCUCUAUUUCUCUUCUUCCAGUAGAAAUCAUAGAAUGAUAAUACUGGAUUUGUAUAGUAUAUAAGAUCAUUAUCAGAUUAAAUUACCUGCGUAAGGGGCCAUUCCAACAACAGUAGGGAUGAGUCCUCUAUAAAAUCCAGGAAGUCCUCCUUCCUAAAACAAAAACAACAACAAAAACCCCACAAAACUUUAAGCUCAAGAUUGUAGAAAACCGUGACACUCAAAAGGUCAUCACUUUCAUCAUUUUGUUUUAUCUGUUCUUAUUCUUCUUUGAUUGCCGUAAAUGGUGAUUUUACUUUAAAUACCUCAAAAUAACCCUCCCUAUAUUUCUAUCUAUUAACAUAAUGCUGAGAUUACCACUUUGUGGAGAUAUGCCCAUCAAUUUCUUCUGUCUAUAAGUGCAAUACAAUAAAUUUUAAUAGUGGCUAUUCAUCAUUUUUAUAUAAGGAAGACAUACCAGAGAAAAUCUGUUCCUAGUACCCUUCAAAGGGUACUAGGAACAGAUCACGCCUGAAUACCUUGUCUGUUUGUGAGUGUUCUACUUACUAUUCACUUAGCGUAAUAAAGAAUGGCAAAAAAAACAUCUAUGUUGUUUUGUUGGUAUAUUAUACCUACUAAUUUUUCCAGGUUGUACUUUAUAUUUCUAUAUACUUGUUUUGUGUUUUCCCCCCCACAUUUUUAUUGCUAAACAACUAACUGCAUAUUUAUUACAUAAACAAGGAAGCUAGCCAUCACUUCCCUACACACCCUUCAGCACGUGUCCCUGCAAAAGAUUUUUGUUAAUUAUAAUAAAUGUGUUUUCAAAAGAAAACAAAUACCAAAUGCAGAGAAUCUUAUUCCACACUAAAAUAUUUACAGUUUAGUUCUUCCACCAGUGAGCAUAGAAUGAUCGUGGCAAUUUUGUAAUACACAUACUGUAAAUUAUAAGGUUAUUGUGGAAAAGCUACUUAUCCCAUAAACUCUUUGGGAAUUAAAGGGACACUAUAGACAACCAGACCACUUCAUCUCAUUGAAGUGGUCUGGCUGUACUGUCCCUGUCCCCUUAACCCUGCAGGUGAAAUGUUGUGGUUUUAGAUAAACUGCAAUGUUUUCAUUGCAGGGUUAAGACUGCCACUUGCAGCUGUCUACCAGAGGGUGAUGGUUACCUACAAAAUGACAGGUUCCUGAUUGAAGGACUCACCCUGGUCUAUCACAGAUACAGAUCUAGACAUAUAUAUCCAUGGUAAAAGAUAAAUAAGACGUAUUAAAUAAACACAUCUCUAAGGUAAAGCACAUUGCAAUGCUUUUCCAUGGUUGUUCUACUAACCUUUCUACCUACCUAAACUAUUAUCUAUUUAGACGAGAAUAAUUUAAGAAAUACCUUAGUAUAUAUAAUUUUGAAAGCAUGUAUAAUCCCAUUAUAUCUGUGUUCUCCUUUAACUUGAAAUGCGAGUCGUGCUCUGACCAUGUCCAGUGGGUAUGUGAAAAUCACUGCAGUGAUACCUGGAAGUUGAACAAAUAGACUUGUUUUACAUUGUAGCAUCUGACUGUGUGUACAGAACUAUCUAAACAAAAUCCAAUCUGUUUGACAACAGCAAACAAAUUAUUCAAAGCAAGGAUAAAAACAAUGUCCUAGAGUACCAUCCAUUGUUUCAAAUGAUUUAAUAUUUUUUAGAUAAAAACCAUAUGUAUAUUUUUCAAAAUAUGAAAAGAAAAAUAUAUUAUCUAUCAAUCGCUUUCUAUAACUUUCUACACUUGUCGACUGGGAUUUUGGCACACUCUUCUUGAGCAAACUUCUCCAUUUCUCAUAGGUAUGAUGGGUGCCUUUUCGCAAUUGCAUGUUUCAGCUCUCAGUUCAAUGAUUUCUUCUCAUCCAUUCUUGGGUGCUUUUUGAGGUAUGUUUUGGGUCAUAAUCCUACUGGAGGACCCAUGACUUGCGACUGAGACACAGUUUUAUGAAACAGUGGGCAGUACAUUUCACUCCAGAAUGCCUUGAUAGUCUUCUGACUUCAUUGUGUCGUGCACAGAUACUAGGAACCCAGUGCCAGACAGCAAAGCAACCACAAAACAUAACAGAGCCACAAUGUUUGACAGUAGGGAUGGUAUUGUUUUUUCCUUCUAUAAACAUAGAGUAGUUGUAAUUUGCCAAAAAGCUCUACUUUUGUUUCGUCUAUCCAAAGGAUAUUCCCCUAAAAGCAUUGUGGCCUGUCACAUGCAUUUUGGCAAACUCGGGUCGACGUUCAGAGCGAAUGGUGCAUUGAAGUUUUUUAUUAAAAUGCAAGGUUACAUCUACUUUUGGCCAUGUCAGUAUGAUACCAUCCUGCCCAAUGAUUAUGGGAAUUGCAAAGGCAAAAGAGCUGGAGACCUAAAUGUCUGCAACUACUCAGCUGGAAUAGCCAAUAUAUUGGUUUGUGAAAUUACCAUUCCAAUGAUCCAUUCUAUACUUCCAAGGCUAUGACAAACAACUAGUAAAGAAGCAUAGAGGCUGUAGUUCCACAAUCCCUUCUUAUGGAGUUUAAAAUCUACACAGACACAUUGUUUUAUUAAAGUAUUUUACCUGCCAUCGAUCCGGCCAUCAACCUGUGUAUAUGCUCAGAUUUUCCAAUUUUUUUGCUUAUUAACUGAAAGAAAAAGAAAAAAGGAAAAAUAUUAUAAAUCUUAUUUUAACCUUCUGGUGAAGAGGUGACAAAACUUCUUAACAAUAUCAACAGCUGUGGUAAUUGACUUUCUUUAUUCCAUUUUUGGAAUAAAUGCCUGCAGGGCACAUUCUAGUUCAUCAAAAGCUCUUUUUAUAAAAGUUUCGGGAGGAUCUUUCAAUAUCAGGUUUUAUGAGCAAAGAUCUAUCUAGCUAGACAAAUAUGCAAACCAGAAGUCACUUGGAAUUCUGUUGAGGAUUUGAACAGAAGAGAUGGAUUAAAAAUGGCAAGUUAUGGCGUGGCUUGGCGGUCCGAGAAAAUGGCAGCAUAAUCCUCGAGCUCCCCGCAGGCUCAGCUCAUAACCUCGGCUAAACUGCACCCUGACCGCGGUGAUGGGGAAAACCCACCGAGCCUCACAUGCCCAACGACCGGGGGAUGCCCCAAAGGGAACCCCGACCCCGACAAUGAAGCGCUACCUGCUCACACAGGCGGACAUGGAUCCGCAGGCCUCAAAUGACUCCAUGGAGUCGGCCAUUUUCUCCCCACACUCCCCUACGAGAGAACAGACCCCCACUGCAGGGUAUACCGCAGUACCAGACCUGGUGGCCCUACUGAAGGACUUACCCACCAAGGCAGACCUCAGGACGGCCAACGCAGAACUGCGCACAUCGAUCACGACGGAACUCCACGCGCUGAGGGAAGACCUCCAAGGCCUCAACCAGCGAGUCGCUCAGAUCGAGGCGGACUGUGACCACAUGGCAGCGGCACAGGCUGCCAAUACCGACACGCUGCAGCACCACACUACAGUGAUGAGACAGAUGGCCCUGCAUAUAGAGGAUCUCGACAACAGGGGGAGACGCCAGAAUAUCCGGGUGAGAGGGGUCCCAGAGGAACUAGACAGUAAAGCCCCGGUACAGAGCACCUUGCUGGAGCUGUUCAACAGGCUCCUAGCUAGGCCGUCCCAGACGCACAUGGGCUUCGUUAGAGCCCACAGGGCCCUGAGGCCACAAGGACCCCCGGGCGGGCCCCCAAGAGAUAUCAUCUGCUGCAUGGAGAGUUUCCAGCUCAAGGAGGAGAUCCUGCGUAAGGCACGUGCCACAGAAAAGGUACUGCUAGACGGAUCAGAAAUCCAGCUAUACCCAGACCUGUCCCCAGCUACAUUGGCCUACCGGCGGGCCCUGAAGCCCCUUACCAGGCAGUUGCAGACCACAAAUAUCAGGUACCGCUGGUGCUUCCCCACGGGCCUUCAAAUUGCAACACCCUCUGGCCCCUUCAUGGUCACGGGAGCAGAAGAUCUGGAGACGAUCCAACGUGAGCUGCACCUGUCGCCGGAGAAGCUUCUUUGGCCGAACCCGCUACGUUUCUACACAGAAGGCCCCAGGCCUCCAGGCACAGGCCCCAAACCCCGCAGGCUGUGAGCCCCCCGCACACAGACUACAAGACAGGCGGGGACACCGAAUUAGAUAAGCCGCCUGCCCUGCCGCCCCCCGGGACUAUGACCUCGUGAACCAUGCCAUGAACGGGAUGACUUGUUUUUUCUUGACGCCUUGAAACCUUACUGCACCAACCAAGAGACAUACAGCUGGGCUCUCACCUCCGGGCCCUAUGUUCGUGAGGAAGCGGAGGGGCCGUAGACUUCCACCCUUGAACCUGAUGACAACGCACCUUUUUCCUCGCCCAUGCCGCAAGUAUUACCCCGGGAGGUGGGGGGGCAUGGGAGUACCGUGCUUCCCCACUGCCCGAGAACUUUGAGCCGAGCAGGGAGGGGGAGGAACCGGGGGACCCUACGCCGGAUAGAGUGACACUCCCUGCAUGGGUCGGGUACAGGGAGAAGGGGAUGGACGCUCUUGAGCCCUGGACCUUUAUGUAUAUGAAUAUGACCUAGGAGUAGUAGGCCCCGAGGUAUACACCCAGCCAACCCCCGUAGACACACCAAGAUACGUGGCCCCCAGGCAGGUUAUGCUGAGAUGCGCUGGGAGGGCUCUAGGCUACCACCACCUAGCCAUUCACGGGGGUCAGAGGAGCCCAUCGCACUGGAUCAAGCUUUUCUAACUUCCCUCGAACCUUUGCACGGAGGGCUGGGCGAGGGCUUUAAGACAGGCCAUUGUAGGGUCACCCUGACACACAUCCGCAUGACUAGGGCGAUUAUCGCCCAAAUGGGAGGGAAUAGACCCAGACUGGGGCAUUUCAUGUCACCUGGGGGCGGCGGGCAGGCAACUCAAUAUAGACUAACAACAUCACGUCACACCUGUGGGCCAGACGACCCACCGGCAGCGGUCAUGACACAGACCAUGCACACAUUAGCCUAUAGAGGUUUUCCAUAAGCUACAUUCCCAACUUGGAGAGCCAUGAGACGGGGAAACGGGAUGUCCCGACUGGACGGAGCUCCGGGGCUCUUAGUGGAACGUGACGAUCUUUCUGGGAGCGUCCCGGGCCCGCGGGGCUCUGCCUACUUGGGGUUUCUUGGGCUCCUUUGCUACCCUAUUGGCCGGAGCGUUCAGACUUGGGUGCGCGGUGCACUCCCCCUACCUGAGGGAGGGGGGGACUCACUGCUCCCCCAACGCUCGAAUCCAUAACCCGCCGUAUACGGCGACACUAAUCCGUACCCGGUCCCUAGACCUAGAGGGUGCGAUCCUCCCCUUCUUUCCCUCAGACCUACCCAGUUUUCCCCCGAGUUUCCCCACCCCAUACCUUCUAUACCUGACUACAGGACGGACUUUUUAUACCUGACUAACGGACGGACGAACCUACGUCACCUCUGAGUGAUAGACUCAAAUCCAGCAUGUCCCUGCAACCGGCCCCCCUCACAAUAUUCACGCUGAAUGCUAGGGGACUCAACACGCCAGAAAAAAGGGCCGGGGCUCAUAAGGAUUUCAGGGCGGCUCACGCCUCCAUAGUGUUUCUACAAGAGACCCACUUCCGGGCAGGCUCACGACCCACACUGACUAACCAACACUAUCCAAAAGGAUACUACAGCGACUUUCAGGGGGGUAAGUCACGGGGCACGGCGAUUCUCCUACAUAGACACCUCCCCUUCACAGAAACAGGGGUCCUGACAGACCCAGAGGGCCGCUUCCUAUUCCUCAAGGGGACGAUCGCGAACACAACAUAUACCUUUGCCAAUCUCUACGCCCCUAACCGCGGGCAAUAUAAAUUCCUGGCCAAGACGCUCCGCACACUUGUAGGCUUUCAAGAAGGCAUCUUGAUAAUAGGCGGAGACCUGAAUGUAACAUUGGACCCCAAAUGGGACUCCUCCUCAGGUCACUCACACAUUUCAUUGCAAUAUCUUAUGGCCAUUAAAGCUCUCCUGACUAGAGCGAAAUUAGUGGACUGUUGGAGAGCAUUUCACCCUGACGAAAGGGACUUCACCUUCUACUCCCACCCCCAUAACUCCUACACCCGCAUAGACUAUCUCCUAGUUCCCAGUCACCACAUACCGUUGGUCCUACAGGCAGACCAGGGCACCGUGACAUGGUCAGAUCACGCACCGGUGACCAUUAAACUACACUCCCCCCUCCAUAGACCCAAGAUCUCCAAGUGGAGGUUAAAUGAAUCACUGCUCACUAACCCAACGGUCACAUCUGACAUUGGGAAGACACUGCGGGAUUACUUCACAAACAACACCUGCGAACAAACCCCCCCCACCAUACGCUGGGAGGCACACAAGUGUGUCAUAAGGGGGCAUUUUAUUCAAAAAAGCUCACUCCUGAAGAAACAGAGAGAGGCCCGCAUGGCCGCUCUGCUAUCAGACAUAGAACAAGCAGACACACUUAACAAACAACACCAACUCCCCACACACCAGGCCAAACUCCUCCGCCUUAGGAGGGAACUGACCACUCUCCUCCACUCAACUUAUCAAAGGGACGCAUUACGAAACAGGGCCUUCUUUGCAAUACACAGAAACAAAAGCGGAAAACUUCUAGCGCGCAUGCUGGCCAAAAGGAGACAAGACACGUAUAUAGAUAGAAUCCGUGACAAGGCAGGGGUCCUACACAGACACCCGGCCAAGAUCCAAGAAAUUAUUCGCACAUACUAUGCGGAACUCUACUCCCUCCCACGCCCCCACACAGACGCACAGUCACGCUCCCUACGGGCCUCAAUAGACGACUACCUACAGACCCAUAGGCUUCCCUCCCUGGAGGCGGACACGGCAGAUCAACUAGACGAACCAAUAUCCAUGGGGGAACUAGCACUCGCCAUCAAAUCCAUGAAACCGGGUAGGAGUCCAGGCCCCGAUGGCCUGCCUCUCAAAUAUUAUAAAAGCUAUGCCGAGACCCUGUAUCCCCCACUACUGGCCAUGUUCAACGCCAUCAGAGAGGGACAUGAAUUACCCACACAGGCACUCAUGACCCAUAUCACCAUAAUUCCGAAAGAGGACAAGGACAGGGAGCACUGCGGGAGCUUCCGGCCCAUAUCCCUCAUAAACAAUGACAUUAAACUACUGGCCAAGGUCUUGGCGACCCGGCUUCAGGAGCACAUGCCCUCUCUGGUCCAUGCGGACCAGGUGGGGUUUGUGAUGGGCCGGGAAGCCAGAGAUGACACCAUCAGGGCCCUCACGAUUAUGCACAGAAAAUCAGGGGACGACACAGGCCUUCUCCUGCUAUCCACGGAUGCGGAGAAGGCCUUUGACAGGGUCUGUUGGGAGUAUAUGUUCCAGGCAUUGUCACACAUGGGAAUGGGACCAUACCUGCGUGGAUGGGUUAGGGCCCUAUACACUCACCCGACGGCGCAUGUGCUGGUCAACGGGGCACCCACAGAGGCGUUCCCGAUAUACAACGGCACGCGACAGGGGUGUCCAUUGUCCCCACUACUGUUCGUUCUGGCUUUAGAACCCCUACUAACCGCAAUCCGUCACCACCCAGACAUUAAGGGGGUACACAUAGGAGACACACACCAUAAGCUAGCCGCCUAUGCGGAUGACCUACUAUUCUUCAUAACCCACCCGGAAGUCUCCCUUCCCAACUUAGUGCAGGAGUUUCAGGCCUUUGGAGGGCUUUCGGGGUACAAGAUUAACUUCUCAAAGUCCUAUAUCUUAAAUUUAAGCAUCCCCGCAAGGAGAUCCGCACAGCUCCAACAGAGCUUCGCGUUCCAAUGGGCCACAGACAAAAUCCGAUACCUCGGCACUUGGCUGACCGUUAAGGAAUCGGAGUUAUUCACAGCGAACUUCGCUCCGAUACUAGCUAAGUUCCGUACAGACAUGAGGGACUGGGCCCUCCCGCACAUCUCCUGGCUGGGUAGAAUCCAAGUAAUAAAAAUGAACUUUCUACCGAGACUGCUCUACCUCUUCCAGGCCCUGCCCAUCACGAUCCCAUCCUCUUUUUUCGCCAAGCUCCGGCAGGCUCUAGGGGCUUUUGUUUGGGACGGGAGGAGACCCAGACUGAAAUACACACUGCUAACUCAACCCAAACACAAAUGGGGUCUGGCUCUACCGGACUUCCGACUAUACUACAAGGCAUGCCACCUGCAACGUGUUGCGGAGUGGUCCAAGACAGGGGUCAACAAACUAUGGAAACAGGCAGAGGAGGGGAUAGCUAAGCUCCCAGCCGCCCUUAUCCCGUGGCUCCCCGCGGGGACGGACGGAAGGGAAACGCACUACUCCCCGUAUACGAAAGUAACUCUGAGGAUAUGGCGAGGCAAUGCCGGUAGACACGCGCUUUCCGCACACACGUCCCCAUUGCUUCCCCUCACACAUAAUCCUGACUUCCCGCCGGGCACGGACCCUAGCGAACUGCAGGCCCUGGUGCAGUACCCAAUGCCAAGGCUGCAACAUGUGUGCUCCGGUCGGGGGCUGAGGACCUUGGCUGACUUAUGCGGGGGUCACACACAACCAUUCGCAACCCACUUCCACUACGCACAGCUGAUGAGCUACAUAAAGACCCUGCCCCGCGCAGGAGCCAUUACUAGGGAACUCACCGCCUAUGAACAGAUAUGCGCAGACCCUGACCCAUUGCCACAUGGCAUCUCGCACCUCUACGCCCUCCUACAAACACUCACACCCAUGGCCGCGCCACGCUUCAUGGGGAAAUGGGAAGAGGCCCUCAAUCACACACUUAGUGGGGCUGACUGGGAAAAGAUCUGUGAGGUCACCCACCAUUGCUCCAUUUUUAGCAAGAGUCAGGAGACAGCAUAUAAAAUACUCACGCAAUGGUACUGUACCCCGGACACGACUCAAUACACGCACGCUCACGGGUCAAGCCUAUGCUGGCGGUGCGCAAAGACAACAGGUACACCCCUACACACUUGGUGGGCAUGUGAACUCGUACAACCAUUUUGGAGGAAAAUUCAUAAAAUAGCUUCCCGCUUCACCGAUAACCCACCACCAUUAGACCCGGCAGCAAUGCUGCUCCACCACACGACUAUACCAAUUUCUAAAUACAAAAAGUCCCUUACAAUUCGAAUUCUAAACAUGGCCAAGCAGACUAUACCACAAUACUGGAAGAAAACAGAGACUCCUUCCAUACUUAAAUGGUUUACGCAGAUGGAAGAGCUACGAGCGGUAGAAGAGCUCGCCAUGUCAGCUACUGAAAAACAACAUCAGACAUACUUAGACAUCUGGACCCACUGGAUAUUGACCACGACGACACAAGACUUCCUGACACUGCUCCAUACCUAAUGACAGGGAGUUACACCGGCUGGACAGACACAUGGACGACGGACAGACCCUCUUCCUCCUUCCCUACGCUUACCUUACCCCCCACUUACCCUCCCAUAUACUAAAAUGGGGGAUACCACCCAACUGUCAAAAGUCCAACAGACAGGGGCAACAUACCCCCCAGUAUGUAUAUCCCCCUCUGACAUGGGACCCCUGCCCACUAUAUCACCACAGUCCGUCAAUGACUAAGGUCCUCAUUAGAUGUGACCUCUUGAGAACAAGUCAUGACUGGACCACAAUAGUCCCUCUCUCACAUAAGGAUAAUACAACUAUGUACACCUGAACACUAGAGGGGCAAUAGCGGGGAGGGCAGCAGACAGCAUAGAAGUAGGCAAAGAGCCCAGUCCAAGGGGCUGACAAAUUAGACGAAGAUGGAUGAUCUGCCCCAAACAACAGGGGAACGUGGGAUUAAUGAGAAUUCUCUGGGGGGGGGGGGGACUCUGUCUAAUUAAGCUUUACCGUUGACUUAAGGGACCUGUGAGUCCGACUUUGUUAUUGGGCCUGCGUGCCCGCCUUGUUGCAUGUUUUCCUUUCUGUUCUUUUUACUAAUAAGCUGAAUACAACCUACAGACCUGCGUGUCUGCACAAUAAUUACCUAUUAUUCCCAAUUACAGGAAAUAAAAAUUAUAUUUACAAAAAAAAAUAAAAAAAUGGCAAGUUAUUUAAAAUGUACCUACCAUGGUACACAGAAGUGUAUGUGGUUGUGGUUUUAAAGGCAGACUUUAUAACAAAUGUAUACUUUGGAACAAAACAAAACAAUUUUUUAUUUUUAUUUUUAAAAGGGUCCCAGCCCUAUCUGUCAAUCACUUAUUCAACACAGAGUCUGCAUAUGCUGAGAAGUUGACUGACAAGAAGUGUAGAAUCCUCCUACUGUCCAGCACUGCAACCACAGCACUUGCUAAAGGAGCACAGGGACAGAGUGGCUGAGGUCACUCAGUUCAGAUACUGAUGAACUGGAAAUAGUUAUACCAGGAUGGGAAAAUGAGGAACUGUCACUUUGAGGGAAACACCAGUUCCCCUAUAAACACUGAAUGCAGCUUACAUUCUAACUGGCUUCGGAAUGAAGGGGCAAACAAGGACCAGAAAACAAGACACAGUAAAAAAAAAUAAAAAAAUAAAAAAGAAGAGCAAAAUAAAAAAAAUAAUGAAACAAACCUUUUUGUACUUGUCAAAUGCCAUGAACUGUAUGGCUCCGUAAGGAAAGAUUCGUACCAUCAUGGCUCCAUUUCCUUUAUACAACCCAAGGAUACCUUCCUUCUGACGGACUGCAAAUACUGUAGCUAGCACCCCUAAAAUUAAACACAGAGAUGCAAAGGGACCUUGAGAAGGGGUGUCAGGCGUAUAUCCCAUUAAUACAAUAAUGGUGGUCUGAGAAAUAAAUCAGUUACUAUUUGAUUAUCAAGCAGUUUCAUGAAUUGACAGGAUUUUAUAGUGAGUUUUAGAUUUUAGGAUAAUAGCGAAGUGUGUUUGCGAAGUUUCUCCCCAUGCUUCCAAUCUGUCUAUUUUUACCUAAUAUUUAAAUUUCACUCUCAAUUCACACUUGAUGUUGAUAACACUGAAUGCAAGAAAUGGUGUUCCUUAUUUAGAUGUAAUGUUAUAAAUGAAACAAAAACAUUUUGAGAAAUUCUAACCAAGUCACAAUCUACUUAAUAGGGAAUACGUUAUAUGUCUGAAGGAGGUUUUGGUAGCCAGAUCUUGUGAUACAGGUUUCUGCUUCCCAUUGCUAUUCCUAAUAAUUAAGAUGAUUGGGUCACAUUAUAGUCACUACACAUGCAGCGUAACAACUCAUGCAAUAUUUAUGCUUUAUUGAAAGGAAAAAAAAAAAGCCCCUUAUUGCCAACAGAGGUAAAAGUGUGAACCUGUAUGGCAGAAACUGCAGCACAUAAAUCUCUGAAUCCCAUUCAGCAAGUCAUAUUUAUUUAUUUUUUUAAAUCAAUCUUGCUUUUAUUAAGGUAUAUGUUUUGGGUGAUACAGAAUAAAGAAAGGGAGAUGAACGAGAAAUACACAAGAUAGGGAUAUCACAUCAUGGUUAAACAUCUCCUAAAAAUGACUGCCUCAUGUUAUAUUAAUUAAGUAAAAUAUACACAUGCUAAACUGUUGUUUCAGGACUAUGAACAGAUGUAGAGUUUAAAUAUUCAAGAUUAGAUUUGCAAGAGCUAAUUAAACAAAGUACAUCAUAGCACGUAAGAAUUAUUCGAUUAGUACGCAUUUCACACACGUUGAGAUAAGAUGCGAAUGUAGAGAUAUACUUAUGAGUUCCUCUGAAAGUAGGUUGUGUUUAUUAAUAAUAUGCUCAAUGUAUGUGGUAAAAAAAAAGCCAGAUUUACAAAUGGAGGAAGAGUUAGUAUAAUAAAACAUGCUUAUAGCAGUAGCCUAAUAUUGUAAGUGAAGCUGCACAUUUUAAACUACAGUGUUUCAUAUGAAAUAUACGUUCCUACAAAGGCAUAAGGUGCUUAGACAAACAGGCUGAGUAUAUGUCUGGAAUGCUAUUUGGAUAAUUAGGUUGGCAAAGUUAAAUAUGCUGAGCUGACCUACUUAACAAGCUUUAAACACUGGGGCAUAGAGUGUUACACAAUGCUGCACUAAAGACAUGUGCGAUAGUAUGGCACUUAACGUUAACACAUUAAGGCAUUGAGCAUUGCGCGGUGGGCAUCAGCCAAUUGGGGUGGCAGGUCUGCUGAGCAUGCAUUCGGUGUCCCAGUAUCAGCUGGGGGGCGACAGAUACAAGAGAUAUUCCUCCAGCCGUAGGCCUUUAUGAGAGCAGACAUCCUCUGUACACGGACUCUGUAUCUUUGUACGGCCAAGUACUGGCCCCCCACGGGGCAGUUGGAAGAUCGUGGUGGCAUCUGCCGCCAGCGGCAUACAAUCUACCACCUGUUUGGUCGAUGUCUCGAGGUCAUGCGUCUAGUGGCUUUCGGCCUAGGCAGGUGUUCAUUGGUGUGGUGAGGCAUUUGGGUGGGAGCGCUGCCCGGAGGUGUCUCUCCCGUCACCAUCCGUGAUCUAUUCUCCAUUCUCAGUUUGGACCGGAUGGCAGUGGAACGUGCCUGCAGUUUGUCCCAGAAGUCUGGGAUGGGCCCUUGAUGCUUGUGGAAGGGCCUCCGCCAUCUUGUGUGGUCGGAGCAUCAUGAGGUGUCUGCAGUGAGCGGUAUGUCGAGGCAGCAGGGAGAGCUUUAAUCCGUUCACCCAGUGGGUACUGGGAUAACCCCAACCGGUCCAAAGGGGGGGGGGGGGUAGGAGACCAGCAGAGUCGCUUGGUGAGUCUGGUGUCAGGGGGAGCAGACGCCUCUUCCCGGCUCCAACUCCAGUAGUCCGAACAUGUCGUUCCGCGCUCCGGGCCUCGACGGGCUCCAUAGAGGUGUCACUCGAUUCAGCAGUCCACCCCCGACGUGGGUAGUGCACCCUGUUAAGUCCUUUGGCUAUGUAGCCACCGAUUUUACCUCAAAUUCUGCCUGCCAGGCAAGAGCUCGUGCUGCCCACGUCUGCACAGCUCGGCGGUCAGGCUCCGCCCCAUUUAUUUCUACUUUAAAAUUAAAAGCAACAUUAGAAAUUGCCAUGUGGGCAAGCCCAAUAUGAGCUGGAAUAAAACCUGAAAUAUUGGACUGAACUAGUUUACUGAACAACGGUCCCUAAUUAAACUUUUUAGCCAUGCUGUCCAAUAACAAACUUACCUAGGUGUCUGUAAUGAAUAUUCUGCGCUUGUAGCAAAAUCUUGAUCCUAUCUAGAGGCGCAAUAGUUGUCUUCGCACAGCAACUUGCAACACCUGGGGGAAAAAGAAAAAAAAGAAAUCUGUAUUUUUUUUGUUUUUUGAAAGCAAAUGCUUUACGGUCUUUGAGUAAGACAAUGGAAAUUCCGUAAGCCACAAAUGUAGCAAAGUUUAAAAAAAAUACUCUAAGCACAAUAAGUACUACAAUUCGCUGUUGUGGUUUUGGUGUCAUUCCCCUCCUCCCCUCCCCCAUUGUAAGUAGUCAGUUUUUUAAUGGUUUGAUUUCUUACCCAAAGUCUGCUAGACCUCACUCCAUGCCCCCAUUAUUUAUGACAGAGCAGGCUGUAGUGAUUAUGGUGAAAGAGUUUUAAAAGGAACAACCUUUGCACCUUAACCAUUACAGAAGUAAUGAUUGCCUGUGAGCAGCAGGAUAAAGAAACCCUCCUGUGCUCACAGCUUACAAAUAUCACCCAAGGUUGGACAGCUUUGACAGAGAAUACAAAGAUAUAAUGUUAACAUUAUCAAAGUGGCUGCAGAGGGGCCAGGGUUUAGGUGUCAAGAAAAGCCCUGCAUUAUUUUGGCCUUAUAUCUGUAAAUACCUAUAUUCCCAGUAUAUUGAACAAACCCUAAUAUCUAUUUACCUAUUUACCUUUAUAACAGUGUUUUAUUACAUGGUAAAGCAGAAUUUGGCAUAUCAACUCAAGACAGAAAGCAACGCAGGCACAAAACAAAGCCCGUUAAGUAUCAAACCUUUCUUAAAUGGUUUAAUAGUUUACUGUUGGACUGCACCAGGGGACUGUAGCAUUAAGCUUGGAAUAUCACUUCAAGGGCAGAUAUAUGUAAAAGGAAUACAGAUUUUACAAAAUAAACAUGUUAAUGUAAUUUAAAUGACCAUAUGAUGCAAAGAGAAAUGUGUUACCUCCUGCCACAAAUGAGCGCAACCAGUAGUAGUCCCGGUAGCCUGGUUUUUGAAUUCUGGUCCUCGAUGUGGAAAUAGUUGCUUCGGAAGUCAUCUUGUUAACCAGGGAUAGAGGACUGUUCUAGAGCAAAUAUAACAAGAUCAUAUAUAAAAAAAAAAAAUGUUUUUAAAAAAAUACUAAUCAAAAUUAUACCAAUGUUUGACCUUGGCAAGUGAGUGAGAGAGAGUAAGGGAUAGAAAAAUCCUCGGUAUUAUAAAAAUCUGAUUCUUUUUCAGGGGGGCGGAACAGAUAUUGCCUCCCUGGAUCACAACAGGCGCAAAUGUAAAUAAUCAUGUUGGCUUUACAAGUUUCUUAACUCUACAAAUAUUUGUCAAUCUCUAAUUUACAUAAUCAAACUAACUGAGUUAUUCACUAAAAUGUGGUUUGUCAGGAAGUCAAAGUUAAGUAAAAAUUUCAGCCCAACAUAGUCAAACUGAAAACAGCUGAUUUGGAGAAUGUUUCCAAUUCAGCUACUUUGGCCUAAAUAUUAAAUUUACUUUUAAAUGGCCACUGUAGGCACCCAGACCACUUCAUCUCAUUGAAGGAGGUCUGGGUGCAGUGUCCCUGCCCCAUUAACCCUGCAGUUUUAUAGAAAGUACAAUCUUUUCAGUGCAGUGUUAAGACUGCCUAUAACGGAUGUCUUACAGACAGUCACUAGUGGUGCUUAACUCCGUGAAACGACGCUGGACGGGCCUUGAUUGAGGACGUCCAGUGAGUUCUAAAUCCCCAUAGCAAAGUAUUGAUGCAAUGUUUUCCUAUGGGGAAAGCCUAAUGCGCGGGUGGCGAUCUCAACAUAUACGCAUUAAAGGUUUCCUAUAGUGCCAGGAAAACAAACCCUUUUUCCUGGCACUAUAGGCUCUUGGAGUGCUCCCCUCCCUCGGCACUGAAGGGGCUACAACCCAUUCAGCCACUUACCUGAAUUCAGUGCCCGUUGCUGGUGACCUCUCCUCCACCGCCGAUGUCAGCACCCGAGUGGAGCCGAAUGCGCACGCACUGCCAGUACGCGCGCAUUCAAACCUGCCCAUAGCAAAGCAUUACUCAAUGCUUUCCUAUGGGGAUCUUAUUUGAUGCUGGACUCCGUGAGGACAUCCAGCGUCAAAUAAGUGCGAUUUACUCAAUGUAAAUCGUGGAAGCGGCCUCUAGUGGCUAUCAGGGAGACAGCCACUAGAGGCUGGUUUAACCCUGCAGUGUAAACAUAGCAGUUUCUCUGAAAGGGCUAUGUUUUCAGCUGCAGGGUUAAAACUAGGGGAACCUGGCACCCAGACCACUUCACUGAGUUGAAGUAGUCUGGGUGCCUAUAGUGGUCCUUUAAGUUCCUCCCUGCAUUGACAUUGGAGGAGGCAGAGAUGGAGUCAGCACCGAUAGCCCCCGUGGGGGUGGGGUUCCUUUAAUUCACAAAUUUAGUGAAUAACCUGUGAAUACUGUAAGAGAUCAGUAUUUUAAACAAAACAACACAUUGUGAACAGUAUACUUUCCAAGUGUUCCUCUUUUCUACAAGUUCAGGUUUGGAAUGUACAAACUUAUAUCAAAGCUUUACAUGCUUUACAGCAAUGAAACAGAUUAGCACGGCUGUAAACAAUAAUAUUGUUUAGAAAUUAGGUUUCUAAACACAUGUACUCUUCUACAUUAUAUUUUUCGUAAUUCACUAGAGAUGUUCAAGAGUACUCUUGCGUUGGCCACCCCUCCUGCUUCGUCCACUAAAAUAAAAGUGUCUGUGCUGGAUUUAACUGGUUUGGCAUUGAUAUUUCCUUCUGUAAUCUAACGUGGAUCCAAAUCUACUUGCUGCCAAACAAAGUUUUACCUUUGAGCCCAAACACACCUAUAAUCUAACACAAAUCCAAAUUCAACAAUGCAUAUUUCUUCCGAUCUCAUCAUUCUUUGCCAAAUGUUAGAAAAAGGUGCACAAACUAAUUCUAUUACAAAACAUAUCCAAAGGUUUUCUAACUCAUAAACCAACAUUGACAAGAAUACAAUUAGCUUGCUUUGUGACUUCCCGUGACACAAACUGAGCUUUCACUGGCAGUCUACAACUUGGUCAUUCAGAUACCAUACUUCUAAUGUGGAGGCUGAAUUUCCACACUACCUUUGGUGAAGCAGGUCAGCUGAUGCCAAUUAAUGCCAUCCAAAUUUGUACAAAACGGAUAUUGCUAAUAUGGAAGAUACACAUCCACAUUAGCAACACGUGAAACUGCUUAAAAAAAAAAAAAUUGAGAUUGAGAUUGACUGAGAAGGAUGGAAGCAGAAGCCUGCCGACACCACAAACACUGUAAUGGGCUGUAGUGGUUAUGGUGCUUACAGUUCCCCAUUUACCCUUUGGAAUAAGACCCCCAUCUAGGUUACCUUUCUAUUAAGUGCAUGUCCUUAGGUUGGAAUGGACACUUUCCAUAUACCAGAGUCAAGCACCUACUUAAAAAUUGUUUACUAAAGUGACACUGCCUUUACCAUUGCAAAAGGAGACCCUUUUACUCUGUUAAAGGUCCAAGGUUCUUAGCAGAAUAAACGUUAGUACAUAUUUAGGGUGACGCUUUUAUUUCUAAACUUACAUUUGAUAAAUUCCGUCACCAUGGUAGCCAUUACAACUGGAUAGCUAGCAGGAAAUCCCCUGUAUUGUUAUGUAAAUAGAUAUAAGGUUUCAAUUACUGAGGUAUGCCUUUUUCCAAAGAGGACACUACUAAAAACCAUAUCAAGGAGAUAAGGGAUUGUCAAGAGCAGGAUCUGGCAUUUUGUAAAUUUCCCAUUCUGAUCACCAUAUUCAAUUAAGCAGUUACAGAAAGAUUUGAGGACAAUAAGCAUGACUCCCAUUCACAAGCAAAAUGCAAUGUAUUGUGUUUCAGUCUAUUUAUUCAUAAGUAAAUUUUAAAGGCUGACAGAAUAAAAAGCAAACAAACAAUAGCGUGCAACUAACCCUUUAAUUUCCCACCCUGUAACACUUAAGCCAACAUUAAUUGUGCUGUGCAAACCGAUGAAAAUCUAAAUUUACACCAUACAUUUGAAUGCCCAAGUAUUAGUUUUCUCUCUGAAGAAAUAAAAACACUUCUGCUAGGACUCCAUUUUGGACACUGUAAAUGGUAAACCCUCCCCCAACACCCUCAUCCUAAACAAUAACAAUCUAUAUGGUAAAACCUUGUGGCUGCAUUCUAUUUAAAACCUUGCAAGAAAUGUGGCAUGGUAAAAGAUUUGAAACAUUUAAUCAAUAUUUCUGUACAGGGUGAACGAAUAAAUAAAAAAAUUAAACAGAAUUAAAUUUUCGUGUGUUAUUCAAAUGAAUAAAGGAACUUUCUGUUUUACUUCACAUUAUAACUAUGCUCCCAUAUUUAUAAAUGGUAUACUAUUUUUAAUUGAGAGAACCUGGCCUAAAAGGGUUUAAGAAAGCAAAUUAAAUGUUAAAAUAAACUUGCCAUUAUUAUUUAGAAGCAUAGAUUACAGCAUUACUGAACCUUUUUAAAAUAAUAUCUGUAAACCCAUCACUAUUUUUAUACCGUCUGUAUCCAAAUUUUGGCCAUGUUCAUUUACAGAUAGAUAAUGCCUGUUAUUGGUUUAGAUGAGGUUAAAAAAAAAAAAAAAAGUAAAAACUAAAAGCUCAUAAAAUCUGUUACCUAUAGGUUCAAUAACACAUAAAUAACUCCAUUAGCAAUGCUCGAAUAAGGACAUACGUCUACAUAAUACAUCCUACAACAAUGUAAGAGGAGUCCUAUAUUGUUUGAGCUGCUGGGGCUAUUUUAACCACUCGUCCAAAACAAUGACUGUUCACAAGGACAAAUACUAAAGAUAGUGAUCUUCAAACACCCAGCCUCACAGAAAUAUACUACACAAAGAUUGUCCUGAACUGAAUAAAAAAGGUACCGUGCCAACCAGCAUUCUAUACCCACUAAUCCAAAACACUGUCCUAGGGGGUUAUGCAUAAAACGUAAGUCUGGAGAAAAGUUCUAAAAGUGGAGCAGUCACCAUGGUAACAAUGGAAUGCCCCUGAACAUUUAGAACUUUACCCCAGUAUUACUCUUGAUACAUUGCACAAGUAGGAAGGUCAAUCACAACAGAAUAUAAUCAGUACAGUAGUACCCAGAAAUGAAGCACAUGUCUUACCCAGGGGUCUGUACUGUAACAAGGCAGGAAAUGACGGCGUUAACACAACACUGUGCCCUUAUCAGGCAUUCACCCAAAGGAGUUACUCAACACUGUAUCCGUUUCAUUGUAUCAUUACCGAAUUCUGUGAUCUUGACACUUGAAAACCCUGAUGGGAGAGUGCAGUUCAAACGACUAGGCCAAUCUUACACGAUAACCUUGAGAGAUCUAGAUAUCCAGCAGCACAAACUGUAAGUAGUGCUGCCAUGUUGGAGUGUGGCAAGGAGAUAGGGCAGCUUUGCCAGCACUAAACAUGGCCGCCGAGGCCUCAAAGCGCACUUCUAGGGUGAUGUGGUGUAACAUGUGCCACCGGGUCGUGUAGCUGCUGUGAUGUAAACACGGAAGUAGCUGCUGCUAGGUGAGCAAAAUGUUUCACUCGAGCCCAGAGAGACUUGCUUUGUAGCUGAUAACAGGUUACUUUAUUUAAGUGGUUUAUUCACUAAACAAUGAAUUGUAAUCUCAAUUGCAAAAAGAAAAAAAAUAAGUAAAAAUGGCCAAUCUGUGAUUAUAGUUGUAGAUUUUUAUGGAACCUGCUAUUUUACCUUACAUUUUCCAAUUUAGGUUUCAGUUCAAUACAAUUUGAUGUUUAGAUAGUAAACCCAUUAGGCAUCAGUUAUCUGUAAUUCAAAAUGAACGCCAGACUUUAUGACACAAUAGCUGAAAUGGAUAAAAAAAAAAAAAAAAAAAAAUCUCUCAAGUCAGGCUUACUAAAAACUGAAAUUUAGCGAAUUGAGUCCAAAUAGUACAUUUGAGGCUGAAAUAGCUGAUCUCAUGGCUUUGAUUUAUUAAAAGUUGGAGUUUAUUGAAUAAAACUGAGUUAUGUUUUCAUUUCAGUUAUUUUGGCUUAAAAUUUGAUAUUCCCUUUGAAUAUACAACAAUUUACAGUUUAGGGGUUUAUUCACUUAUCUCCAAACUGCAUUGAAUCAAAAGUCGUAUUGAAAAAUUAAAGGCACAGGCUAAGCAUCAUAAUCAUUACAUCCCGAAAUCAAACCACUGUGAAAUAGUUUGACUACUUACAGUGAGAGUGGGACCAGGACACCCCUGGCACCAAAAUUUCUUUAAAUUCACUUAGAAUUUUAAACAAUUUACACUGGAGUGAAUAAUCCUUUUCAACUCUUUCAUCCUACUCAGUGCAAGUAGUUUAUUUGUGAAACAGCACAUUGAACUGAUUUUGAAAAGAAAACUAUAAAUUGUAGGUCAAAAUAGCUGAUUUUUUUUUUUUUUUUUUAAAGAAUCUCCAACUCAGCUACAGUGACAUCUUUUUUCAUCUUUGAAUUUGCUGCUUAUUGAAGAAACCAUUUACAUUGUUAUGUUGCCUGGAGAUCCUGGGCGCUUUCUUGCCUUUAGUUGUCCUGAGUCCCCCUGUCUGCUCAACCCUAGUUCCUCUGUCUUAAGCCCCGUUUUCAAUGUCGAAGUCCUGAACUGGGCACCAAUUAGAGUCUGAAAGCAUAUCAGGCUUCCCAUUGAGGAAAAUGUAUGCUGGUUAACAGAUUAUAUCCUAAACUCAUCUAGAGUCUCCAUUUUAUUGUGACACUUAUUUUGGUUAUUUCAGAUUAUAGUUUUCAUUGCUUCAUUGUCAAACCUACAGAACUCUGCCAAGGACCUCUCACAGCUAUGGCUGAAAUGGAGGGACCUGAAAAGCCACAGUUGGAUGAACAGCCAGUAGCACCUCCUGCACCACAGCCUCCAGCAUCUCAAGGUUUGAUCAUGUCCUGACAAUCACAACAUUCCUAAAAAGCAAACUGUUAACUGAUAAGGGUCAUGGGUAAUGCUAAGCGAGAGUCCCCAGCAGCCCGUCCCCUUUGUGUUGUGUGGGCUAAUAAGGAGGAAAUAGCCUGAGCAGCAAUGGGUGGCUGUGAUUGGCUGUGUGUGUCAGCUGACAGCAUUCAGCAUAUAAUAGCACCCAUUGCUGGUAUGAAUUGGUAUGCUAUAAGGAUUUGUGUAAUCUCUGCCUUAGCCAUACCUUCUGUAGUGGCCAGCUGUGUGUGAAAAUGGUUUGACACUGAAUGGAGAGACAAUGCCAUGGGACUCCUGGCACUAUAACCAAUUGAAUGAGAUGAAAUGGUUAAGGACUUACUGUGUCCCUUUGAUGCCUUUCAAAUCAAAUCACUAAUGAUGCCAUAAGGGGCAGGUCCCCAACAGGAAAGUACCAUACAAGUGCUCAAAACACAGUAGAAGCACUCUGCCCAUGGGCUCACUGCAUAGAGUAAACUUUGCGCAAGCAUGGUCAGAGGACAAAGUCAAGGGUCAUAAUAUAAUGUUUAGGGCAGGUAAUACACUAUAGGCAAUUGCACACUAUACAAAAGCACAGAACAAUUGAGAAACUUGCAGGCAGGCAAGGCAGUUCAGUAGAUUUGAAGAGGGCUUCUGUUUAGGCUACACCUCAUGCCAGACUCUCUGUGCUGCUGCCAAUGCCUAGCGUCAGCUGACCUAUGUAGUGACCCUGCCAGGCCCUAUGCUGCUCCCAGGGAAGCCUGUUACCCAAGAAGGAGAGAGUGAUUGCCGCAAUGAUUUUCACAAUGAGAAUCGCGGAAGCGCCUCUAGUGGCUGUCAGUGAGACAGCCACUGGAGGCUGGAUUAACCCUAGUGUAAACAUAGCAGUUUCUCUGAAACUGCUAUAUUUUCAGCUGCAGGGUUAAAACUAGAGGGAGCUGGCACCCAGACCACUUCAUUGAGCUGAAGUGGUCUGGGUGACUAUAGUGGUCCUUUAAAGAAAUGUAAAUAUGCUCUACCUGUUAAAAACAAAUGUGUACAUUUAAAAAAAAAAACAUUAACUGCCAUCUAUAGUACAAUUGCUUGGAAAACAAAGUAAUAGCAAUUAAUAAAACAAUAUCAGAUUUAAGAGAAAAUUCAAAAUGAAUUUCACACUUAAAGGGUUACUCCAAGCAUCAAACAUUGCACAUCCAGAUAUAAGUUGCACACCCAGCACACGUUAUAUUGGCAGCCAGAAUGUCAGACUGCAUAAAAAAUGUCAGACAAGACAAAAACUCUCCCCUCCUCCUCCCCAUCCCAUCUGAUAUUUUUUUUUAAAUCAACCACCCUCCUCUCCCCCCUUCCCUUGCGGACUUAGAGCGCGCAUGCACUCUGAGCACAUUAAAUCCUCAAGUGAAAGGCUUCUCUAUGAGAAACCUUUGAUUGGACCUCGGUGCGACAACUUUGACUUUUUAGAAGGGGGUGCACCAAGAGCUUUGCUGGGUUUAGGUGAGUACAGUAAAACUUCUUUUAAAAUAAUCUUUGAAUUUAUUUAUUUUGGGGGGACAUAGAGAAUAAUGCCAGGUGGCAUUACUCUAUUCAUACAAAAAGGGUUGGAAAAACCCUUUAAGGUCAAAAUAGCCAAGCUGGAAAAAUCCCUAAGUUAGUUAUGCUUUCACUGGCCUUACGUUUGAAUUGUAUUUUUUAUGUAUGUUGACCAUUCAGUAAUAAAAAAUUUCAAAAAACUUUAUUUAGAUGACCCAACGGUCGAAACAGCUGAAGAAGCAGUUGAACCACCAGAAGCAGAUAUCAAUGAGCUCUGCAAAGACAUGUUUAACAAAAUGUCCUGCUAUCUCACUGGGGAACUAUUAGGUGAGUGUUACUUUUAUUUAUAUUAUAUGGAAUUCUGGGAAGCAUGAAAAAUUAUUUUUUAGUCUUUGUGUUUUAUAGCAUUCUGAAGGUUGAGUCAAUUUAAAUCAGUCAGCCAUUAAGUUACCUUAAAGGGAUUCUCCAGUGCCAGGAAAACAUAUUAGUUUUCCUGGCACUGCAGGACACUGGAGUGCCCCUCUCCCUCCCACCCCCCACCCCAAGUUGCUGAAGGGGUUAAAACCCCUUCAGUGACUUACCGGAGUCUAGCGCCGAUGUCCCUCGGCGCUGGUCAGUCUCCGCCUGCACUCCUCCCCCGCAGGUGUCAGCCGGGGGUGGGGGGGUGGGGAGACCUAAUGCGCAUGAGCGGCAAUGGCCACGCACGCGCAUUAGACCUCCCCAUAGGAAAGCAUUAUUCAAUGCUUUCCUAUGGGGAUUUUGGCAACGCUGGAGGUCCUCACAUAGCGUGAGGACGUCCAGCAUUGCUUAAAACACUUUUCGUGUUCUAUGAACACAGAAGUCCCUCUAGUGGCUGUCUGAUAUACAGCCAUUAGAGGAAGACUUAACCCUGCAAGGUAAAUAUUGCAGUUUAUGAAAACUGCAAUGAUUACACUUGCAGGAUUAAGGGUAGUGGGAGUUGGCACCCAGAUCACACCAACGGGCAGAAGUGGUCUGGGUGCCUGGAGUAUCCCUGAAAAGGCUUUACGCGGCCCAUGCAGAUUUUUCUGUGGCUUCGUCCUGCCACAGAACUCUUUGCACAUGAUUAAUUAUAUUAACAGAGUUAUAUCCUCUGAGAUGUGUGGAAUAUCUGUUUAAAACGCCUGCUCCAUAAAAAAUAUAAAUUGUAGUAGACUGAAUAGCAGUAAGCGAUUUCUGCUAUUCUAAUCAGUAUCAGCAUUAGAAAUUGUAUACAUGAACCAGAAAACAAAAAUUAGAACACUAUUGAUAUGUAUGUAAAAAUACUAUAUGUAAUUAACAUUGAUAACUUAUUCUGAUGAAUACAAUGAAUGUUUUCCAUACUUAAAAGCUUGUAUUACAAUAGCCAUCUGAUUGUUUGGAGGUUCACUGUAUUUAACAUGUGUACUUUACUGCUCCAUAGAAUACAACAUAAAUGUGUGUUGACCUUUAUUUUAUUAUAAUUAUUUGGCCCUUUCUGUAUAUCUGUCCAAUGUUGUCCCUAUAAAUGAGAGCUAUCUAUAAAGCUCCAAAUUUGCAGCUAUAUUGCCAAACUGAAUGAGAAAACUCAAUUUAUUCAUUGAUACAUUUUGGAUGCAAAUUUGGCUAUUGUUCAUGGAUUUGCACAUUGGAUUUGAAUAAUUAAACAGAUUCCAUUCAGAGCCCAAUGGCAUCAACAAUACAUGACAAAAGCGAAUCCAUAAAUCUUACCAGCAGAGUCCAGACAGGAAGGUUCUCCACCCACAGAAAUCACAUUAAAGUGAAAAGGCUCUGGGUCCUAUUCUCCAGGACAAAAAUAGGGGCUCAAUAGUAGCAAUAAAUAUUGUAGCUUGAUUCCAUCAAUAUAUCAUGAAGAAAUGUAUAAAUACUAAUACUUCAGAGGGGCGGGUGCACACCAGGAAAGAUGCUAAUUUGUUUUGUACCUGCACAGCACUUCCUCAGACACUGAGGACCUACUGUGAGCCCCACACUAUGUACCGUUUAUUGUUAUACAUAUUUUCUAUGCAAUUUUGAUGAAAAAGCACUACAUUCGAGUCUGGAUUUUUGUCCUGGAAAAGAGUACCCAGCACUGUUGCAGUUUAUUGGCUUUUAACAAUGAAUUUUCGAGGCAGUUUAAAUUUGCUGCAAAGCCAAAUUACUGUAAGAAUCAAAAAUAUUUGAUACAGUUUUGCUCAUGUAUUUUGCUCAAGAUUGUAAUCAUAUUACAUGGUAGUAAACUAAAGCUCCAUAAGGGGUAGAGUGCCCUCAUGCAUGCAAAGUCACAGUUGUGCUCACACCAACUUUUAACAAAGACCAUAUUGUACAAUCCACUUCCUACAAGGAAAGAUUUCCUAACAUAAGGUGGGUAGGAAGCAGUAUUUCAGAGGGUCAGGUGGUCUGUUAGCUCUUGCUUAGGGGAACCAGUUAUACAGGGAAACAUGCCAUUAUAUAUUAUAUAAUUAAGAGGACAUAACCCCAGAGCCACUAACUUCAAUUACAUUCCAUGUACUGAAAUCAGCCACUAGAUUCAGAGUUAACCUUCCAAAUAAACAUUGCAGUUCCUCUAAAAUUUAAAUAUUUUACAUUGCAGGGUUCAGGGAACAGGGACACCGCGCCCAGACCACUUCAAUGAGAUUAAGUGGUUUUGGUGUCUAUAGUGUCCCUUUUAACACUAUUUUGAUGUUUCUAAAAUACAGUAUUAUUCUAAUAAAGAAGUUGAUACUGAUUCAAAUAGAGGAGGAAAAUACCACAUCAUUGUAAUUUACUUUUAUAUGUGUAAGUAUUUAUUUUCCAACAUAACUGUUUUUUGCCAGCUACAUGUGAAGACUACAAGCUCUUAGAAAACAUGAAUAAACUAACAUGUUUGAAGUACAUGGAAAUGAAAGAUAUAUCAGAAAAUAUUAGUAGAAAUCUCAAGGACCUGAACAAAACCUGUGAGUACAUUGGAAAAUAUUAGACUAACAGUUUUGCUGUAAAUAAAUAACCUUUUACUGGUAGUCCCUGAGUUACUUACAUCACAAGCCUAUUGUAUUCCCUGUCUAACCAAAUAGGUCCCUGUUUAUCUAAUUAGGCAAAUCCCAUUAUGUGCAUGUCUUGCAGCUGGAACAAAUUUUUCCCCAAAGACAUUCCUUAGUCCCUAGGCAGGAGCCCUUGUAGGUAGGUGAAUACCCUCUUUGUUAAUCUAUCCCCAAAUAGAAAAAAAUUCACAAGCCUGUUUACAUGCAGUUACUGUAACAUACAGUUGACAUAUAGAAAACGUUGUUUAUAAUGAAUGUAUGUGUUAUUGUAGAAAUGGGGGGAGAAAUCAAUCACCUGUGAUCCAGUGAGAUAUAUAGAAUAUAAAGGUGCUGGCACCAGACAUGUGAUCCUGGGAAUAUUACGCUAUGUCCUGAAACCCUUACAUUGAGGAAAACAAACGGCAAACACCUCAAAACUCCAUGUUUUUCCCAUGAUACAUGUAUGCAUUACAUUCUCCUCAGUAUAUAAAAGUUCUCACCAAUCUUAAUAAAUUAUGGAUGUAAUAAAAAAAAAAAAAAUCUAAAUUAAAAACAUAUACUACUCCGACCAUGGUUUCUGCACUAUACAAAUGUGAUCAUGUUAACUUAUCAUCCUUCAUAAUACAGAAAGAGUGACUGACUUUAGUCUUUUACAGAUGCAAGUCUUCAGCCAUAUCUGGAACAAAUAAAUCAGAUUGAAGAACAAGUGGCAUCUUUGGAAAAUGCGGCUUAUAAACUAGAUGCCUAUUCAAAGCGACUAGGUGCAAACUUUACAUAUAUUUUGUUGUUGUUUUGUUUUAGUGAUAUUUUCCAUAUAUAAUAUGAUAAAAUGUAUUUUAUUUAUUUUACAGAGGCAAAGUUUAAGAAACUGGAGAAGCGAUGAAAAACUACCUGAAACGAGUACAUUUGGUACUACGAAGAUUACUCAGAUGCCAAAGGAGAAGAAACAAAUAAAAAUUAGUGUUUAUUUCAUUAAACAAUAUUUAAUUUAGCCCUGACUGCAAAUGUCUGUUUUUUGGGUUUUUAACUCUCUGUAUACAGAAAAAUGUAAGCGUGUUAACAAAAUCCAAGAC